ACGAGAAGUUGUGUGUGACUCAGAUGGUCUGUAGUAAGUCUGAAUCACAAUGGAUCCAGUUAGGUGCUGUUUAACGGCAAUCGUCCUGCUUUUGGGGACAGAGUUACCGGCAACUGAAGCCUUGCUCUGUUUUUGUCAUCAUUGUACAAAAGACAACUUCACCUGUGAAACAGAUGGAUUGUGCUUUGUAUCCGUCACCCAGACGCCCACGAAGGUUACACAGAGAAGCAUGUGUAUGGCAGGGAAUGAACUCUUUCCCCCGGAUAGACCUUUCAUUUGUAUCCCCACUUCGAAUGGUAUUUCCAAUACCUGGCAACACUGCUGUAAUACUGACUUCUGCAAUAAAGACCCACCUGCGCCACCACCAGAAAUUCCAGACAAGUCCAGUGCUCCAAGCCUGGGACCUGUGGCCUUAGCAGCAGUAAUAGCAGGGCCGGUGUGCCUUGUUUGCAUUCUUCUGAUGUUGACUAUUUAUAUUUGUGUCAGUCGCUCUGUCAUUCAUCACCGUGUCCCAAACGAAGAAGAUCCUUCAUUAGAUCGACCGUUUAUAACACAGGGCACCACCUUAAAAGAUUUGAUUUAUGACUUGACAACUUCAGGCUCUGGAUCAGGUCUACCUUUGCUGGUACAAAGAACAAUUGCCAGAACCAUUGUUUUGCAAGAGAGCAUUGGAAAGGGCCGCUUUGGAGAAGUCUGGCGGGGCAAGUGGAGAGGAGAAGAAGUUGCCGUCAAAAUUUUCUCUUCUCGUGAAGAGCGCUCAUGGUUCCGUGAAGCAGAAAUUUACCAAACCGUCAUGUUGCGUCAUGAGAAUAUCCUUGGGUUCAUCGCAGCAGACAACAAAGAUAAUGGAACUUGGACUCAGUUGUGGCUGGUGUCAGAUUACCAUGAGCAUGGAUCACUUUUUGAUUAUUUAAAUAGAUAUACAGUUACUGUAGAGGGCAUGAUUAAACUGUCUCUGUCCACUGCCAGUGGACUUGCCCAUCUUCACAUGGAGAUUGUAGGAACACAAGGUAAACCUGCAAUUGCUCACAGAGAUUUAAAGUCGAAAAACAUUUUAGUAAAAAAGAAUGGGACAUGCUGCAUAGCGGAUUUGGGUCUGGCAGUAAGACAUGAUUCAGCUACAGACACGAUUGACAUUGCUCCAAAUCACAGAGUGGGAACAAAAAGAUAUAUGGCCCCAGAAGUCCUUGACGAUUCCAUUAAUAUGAAACAUUUUGAGUCUUUUAAGAGGGCUGACAUCUAUGCUAUGGGAUUAGUGUUCUGGGAGAUCGCACGGAGAUGCUCGAUUGGUGGAAUUCAUGAAGACUACCAGCUUCCAUAUUAUGACCUGGUUCCUUCAGAUCCUUCUGUUGAGGAAAUGAGGAAAGUGGUUUGUGAACAGAAGCUCAGGCCAAACAUUCCAAACCGGUGGCAGAGUUGUGAGGCCCUGCGUGUAAUGGCAAAGAUUAUGCGUGAAUGUUGGUAUGCCAAUGGAGCAGCCAGGUUGACUGCUUUGCGCAUCAAGAAGACGUUGUCUCAGCUCAGUCAGCAGGAAGGCAUUAAAAUGUAAACCCAGGCUGCAACUUUUAAAAGCUGUUUUUUUUUUUUUUUUUUUUCUUCAACUGGUUGGUUGCAGUAUUUGGAAGGGAUAUUUUGUUCUACCUCAACGAGGGAACAGAAAGAUGGAUCUCGCUGCCUUUAAAAUUACAUAGGAACACUGCAAAAAGCUGAGCUCUCCCUGCAGAAUUGCUACAUGGAGCUGUGGGAUACUUUCUGUGCACUACGAACACCUCCUUACCCAGGACAUUUACAGACUAUGAUGUAGAUUAGCUUUAUUUUUUAUUAACAUUCAACUUGAUUAAAAAAAAAAAAAAAAAAAAAAAAAAAAAUGCGCUAGAGAGAAAUUUUGAAAUUGCUAGUCUUAACGUAUAGGUAACAGUGCUUAAUAUUAAAUGAUUGUACUGACAGUGGGGACUGGUCCGGUCAAAUCAUACAGUGUUAAACAGGGAAGGAUUUAUUCAUACUCUUAGAAUCAGGUAUCUUUUUUAUAUUGGCAUUUGUUUUGGCUUUGAGAGGUGGAAGUUUUUUUUGCUGGGAGGCUCAUAAUACACCAUCUUAAAAAAAAAAAUUAAAGUUUUAAUCUACUGUAGAUGAACAUACUUAUUUUGUAUGAUUUUAGAAAGUUGACAUGACCUCAUUGAGUCUUGGCAAACGUGCUUUGACAUAUGCAAUAUAUAUUUUAUAUAUUACUGCUCUGUUACAAAAAAAAAAAAAAAAAAAAAAACAUGCCUUCUAAGCCAGGUGUUACCAGAAAGUGCCACUGCUUUUAGUAAUACCACAUACCAGUGUGAAGUCCCAGUAUAUGUUUGCAUCAGAUAUAUAGAAAGCUAUAUUUCUGGACGUCUACAGGAUAUAUUCCAGUUAUGCACAAUUUUUCAUGUGACGUCAUCACAGCACAGUGCUGCCAUACUGGCGGUCAGCAAGCAUUGGCGGGCAAAGACAACUUAACUUAUCGCAGUCAUUAAACUUGCAAUUUUACAAGGCCAGAUGGGUCUUGUGCUGUUGGAUGCACCAACAGGAGAUGAGAACAAAGUGGAUUUCAGCCAUUAGCAGGGCAGCAAAAAGACUGAUCUACGUAACCCAAAGUCAAAGAAGACAGACUGGACUCCAACUUAGUCACACAAUUGUGUAGUGAGCACUUCAUAAAAGGUUAGUAGCAGCAAUAUAUUGGCAGUUAGUUCUGGCCUUAAUAAUAAUAAUAAUAAUAAUAAUAAUAAUAAUAAUAACAACAGUGUAACAAGCUUAAAUGUAUAACUGGUUUUUCUAAAAUACUUAUAUACACUUAAGAGAUUACACUUAACGGGUAUGGUGAUUCCCAGUCCUUGCAUAAAAUACAACUUUGCAGUUACAGAAUUAUGCUAUGUUUCAUUGUUUUACUGAAUUUCAGUAUAAAAUCACGGAACCAUCAAUUUUAUAACAUAUUUAAAUACACAAAUAAUAAUGAGCAGAAAUCGUUAUACACGUACCUUAACAUAUUGUUAAUGCUGUGCUCACUUUUGCACAGCAUAGUCUUUAUCUGAAAUCUACAGAUUCCAGUUACUGACGCUUCGUGCAAAGUUAUGAUACGCUAGUAUAUACCAAAAAUGUCAUGUACAUUGUUUUAUUUGCAAGUCUAUUUAAUGAAAGAUGUUAAACGUUUACAUACAAACAUAGAAAUACAGGAUAAUUCAAAUUAGUACAGGAUUUUUAAACAAACUGUUGAAAAUUGUAUAUUUGGUAACAUGUAAGUUAGGUUUUCUUAAAAGGAAAAAAUAAACUAGUUUACCGCUGUCUUUCAGGGUAGUAAAAAGCACAGGGGGUGCACAAUAGGGGUCACAAAUUCCAAGUAUCUGGCACUCGUCAUUUAUAUCUGUCUGUAGGCAAAGUGUGCUCUGUGGUUUCACGUACAUUACAUUUUGGUGUGGGAGAUAGCAUUUUUGAAUUAGCCGCCAUGGUUGUUUUGACCACCAGUAUGUCGGCAUAGUCUGCUAGGGUCACGUGAUUGCAAAGCCUCAAUAUAGGACCAUGUAAAGAGGCGAUUAAGAAUAAAGUCGCCUCCCCCUUCAACUUCAUUUAUUAAAUCAUUUGUUUUUAAUUGGUCAAU